CGGAAGCGCUGCUUCGCCAUUGGCUGCUCUCGGCGUGACGUGGCGGGGCGGGGCCGCGCGGGCAGCAGGUUUCUCGUCACUCGGGCAGGACCGGCCGCGAUCGCCGCCGGCACCGGGAGCCGCCGCCCCGCCCCGCCCGGGACCGCCGGUCUCCGGAGCUGGCCAGGAUGGCGCAGUGGAACCAGCUGCAGCAGCUCGACACGCGGUACCUGGAGCAGCUCCACCAGCUCUACAGCGACAGCUUCCCCAUGGAGCUGCGGCAGUUCCUGGCCCCAUGGAUUGAGAGCCAGGACUGGGCCUACGCUGCCAGCAAGGAGUCCCACGCCACGCUGGUGUUCCACAACCUGCUGGGAGAGAUCGACCAGCAGUACAGCCGCUUUCUGCAGGAGUCCAAUGUCUUGUACCAGCACAACCUGCGCCGCAUCAAGCAGUUCCUGCAGAGCAGGUACUUGGAGAAGCCGAUGGAAAUAGCCCGCAUCGUGGCUCGCUGCCUGUGGGAAGAGUCGCGGCUCCUCCAGACGGCUGCUACCGCAGCCCAGCAAGGGGGACAGGCAACACAUCCAACAGCAGCUGUGGUGACGGAAAAGCAGCAGAUGCUGGAGCAGCAUCUGCAGGAUGUGAGGAAGAGGGUGCAGGAUCUGGAGCAGAAGAUGAAAGUGGUGGAGAAUCUCCAGGAUGACUUUGAUUUUAACUACAAGACUUUGAAAAGCCAAGGAGACAUGCAGGAUCUGAAUGGAAACAACCAGUCAGUGACCCGGCAGAAAAUGCAGCAGCUGGAGCAGAUGCUGACGGCGCUGGACCAAAUGCGAAGGGGGAUUGUGAGCGAGCUGGCUGGGCUGCUCUCAGCCAUGGAGUACGUGCAGAAGAUGCUGGCAGACGAGGAGCUGGCAGACUGGAAGAGACGGCAACAGAUCGCCUGCAUUGGCGGCCCACCCAAUAUCUGCUUAGACCGGCUGGAGAACUGGAUAACCUCUCUUGCCGAAUCGCAGCUACAGACCCGGCAGCAGAUCAAGAAAUUGGAAGAACUGCAGCAAAAAGUGUCCUACAAGGGUGACCCCAUUGUCCAACACCGGCCCAUGCUGGAGGAGCGGAUCGUGGAGCUGUUCAGGAACCUGAUGAAGAGCGCUUUUGUCGUGGAGAGGCAGCCCUGCAUGCCCAUGCACCCCGACCGGCCCCUGGUCAUCAAAACCGGUGUGCAGUUCACCACCAAAGUCAGGUUGUUGGUCAAGUUUCCAGAGCUGAAUUAUCAGCUGAAAAUUAAAGUCUGCAUUGACAAGGACUCUGGGGAUGUUGCAGCACUUCGGGGGUCGCGGAAGUUUAACAUCCUGGGGACGAACACGAAGGUCAUGAACAUGGAAGAGUCCAACAACGGGAGCCUCUCAGCGGAGUUCAAGCACCUGACCCUGCGGGAGCAGCGCUGCGGUAAUGGAGGCAGAGCCAACUGUGAUGCCUCGCUGAUAGUCACCGAGGAGCUGCAUCUCAUCACCUUUGAGACAGAGGUGUAUCACCAGGGGCUGAAGAUUGACCUGGAGACGCACUCGCUGCCUGUGGUGGUCAUCUCCAACAUCUGCCAGAUGCCCAACGCCUGGGCGUCCAUCCUGUGGUACAACAUGCUGACCAACAACCCCAAGAACGUGAACUUCUUCACCAAGCCCCCCAUUGGGACCUGGGACCAGGUGGCAGAGGUGCUGAGCUGGCAGUUCUCCUCCACCACGAAACGUGGCCUCAGCAUCGAGCAGCUGACAACGCUGGCAGAAAAACUUCUGGGGCCUGGUGUGAAUUACUCCGGCUGUCAGAUCACUUGGGCCAAGUUCUGCAAGGAGAACAUGGCUGGCAAAGGUUUCUCUUUCUGGGUCUGGCUGGACAACAUCAUUGACCUGGUGAAAAAGUACAUCCUGGCGCUGUGGAACGAAGGGUACAUCAUGGGGUUCAUCAGCAAGGAGCGGGAACGAGCCAUCCUGAGCACCAAACCACCGGGAACCUUCCUGCUGCGCUUCAGUGAGAGCAGCAAGGAAGGCGGCAUCACCUUCACGUGGGUGGAGAAGGACAUUAGUGGGAAGACCCAGAUCCAGUCUGUGGAACCUUACACCAAGCAGCAGCUGAACAACAUGUCAUUCGCCGAGAUCAUCAUGGGCUACAAAAUCAUGGAUGCCACCAACAUCCUGGUGUCCCCCCUGGUGUACCUGUACCCGGACAUCCCCAAGGAGGAGGCGUUUGGGAAGUACUGCCGCUCCGAGAGCCAGGAGCACUCGGAAGCCACCGACUCAGGUAGUGCUGCUCCAUAUCUGAAGACCAAAUUCAUCUGUGUCACCCCCACCUCCUUCAGCAACACCAUCGACCUGCCCAUGUCCCCGCGCACCCUGGACUCGCUCAUGCAGUUUGGCAACAGCAGCGAGGGAGCGGAGGCCAACGCUGGGGGGCAGUUUGAGUCGCUGACGUUUGACAUGGAGAUGACCCCCGAGUGCGCUUCUUCACCCAUGUGAGCUGCUGCCCCAGCGCUCGCAGGGCCCCCCCAGGACUCGGAGUUCCCACCUCCACUGACCCCCCCCAGUCUCACUCUGCUCGGUCACGGCUGUUCUGGCUGUUCCUCGGGAGGAGCUGGGGACUGAGGUCCUUGUCACCAAUUCCUUGUUUGACCCAGACGUCUCUUUGGGUGGGAGGGGGGACUGAACCUUUUUCUAUUUCCUUCCAUAACAGAUUUUUAUGAUUAUUUUGCUCAUUCAAGUGCCUAUUAGCCUCCGAUCGUCGUUACAAAUGCUUCUGCAGCCCCAGCCCCGCUGUCAAAAGCUGUUUUUCUGACUGCCAGAGUCCAAAAGCUCUUGGAGAUCUUAGGAGCCUGGAUUCACCUCCAGGCUCCGGAGAGGGGAUCGGCCGGUCCUGCCCUCCCCACGGGUUACCCGCUGCGGUGGGGUCGGUCCCUGCAGCCCUCCCAAAGCUCAUGCAGGUCUCUCCUCUGCGCACUUUUGUCUCCAAAUUUGGUGAGGAGAACCAGCACGGGGCUCGGAGCUUCUGCUGGUCACAGGGAGUUUUGGUGGCCGCCCUGUGUUUGCCACCGACUUCCUGCUCCGGGCACCGGGAUCCGGCUGGCUCCAGCAGCCCCGGCGCUGCUGCUGGGACAACUGGUUUCCCCGCAGUGCAGAGGCUGCCCUGGGGCAGGGACGUGUCCCAACACCAGCGCGGGCUUGUGAACAUGCAGCGCGUGCACCUGGGGUCUGUUUUUGGGACCUGGGUGUGAACACAGAGGCUGCUCUGACCGUGGCUCUGCCCGUGGCCGGAUCGCAGCUGUGUUCCCCUUGCCGUGCCGAAUUAGAGCUGCUGGACCACCGGGGGAGGGUGGGGGGCUGCAGGACCCAACGCGACCAGCAGCGGGUGGCCUGGCCUGGCCCUUUUCCCUCCCAUGGGGCUUCUGAUGUCCCGGGCAGUGGGUUUGCAGCUUCUUGGGGGCUUCAUGUGGCAUUUUUGUUGAAGGUCGGUCGUCGCUGUUAAGGUAGGAGGUGGCAAGAGUUGAAGGGAGCAGGAUGGAUGUAGAGAGAGGGCGUUACGAAGGGCGAGUUUCCUUGCUCGGGGGGUCGAGGAAAGGUGGAUGCUGUGCUGGCCGGUGCUUGUGGGUCUGUGUUUACCCUCCUGCCCUUUCCACGCAGUGGGUGUGCACGGGACAGGGAGAGGCAGGGCGGACAGCAUGGCCCUUGGAAGCUGGGAUGUGCUCAGAGGGGAUGGGGACCGUGCCCCUCGCUCGCCCCCGCGCAGCCCCGUCCAGCUGCAGUCGCCGUAGCCCCGGGCAGCAUUCGAUACUGUAAAAAAGUUUUAUUUUUUUGUAUAUUUUAUUGCUGUAUCUACAGGCUUUAAACUUUCUCCGAAAUAAAGGCUCUGAAGCGA